UAAUAUCGGUCCCAUCUAACGACCCUUGGGCAGCAAUAGAGGUUCUCCUGCAGGCCAUGGACGCUCAAGCAAUUGCCGCCAAGAAUGACUAUGCCGACUGCCAGAUGGAGCUUAAAGCUAGCCAGGAAAGAAUCAAACUCCUCAAGUCCUCACAUCAAGGAAGCCCUUCUUUCCGAUGCAAUGAAAACCAUCGAUGGCAAUUCCAAGUAUCAGGAAAAACUCAAGAACGAUGCAAGGGCCAUGAGAGCCGAACGAAAGGCCAUGGCAACCGAGUGGGACACUGCUAUCGCUAAGCGAGAUGCUACUGCUGCUGAACGGGACGCUGCGGUCUCAACACUCCAAGAGUUGAAGGAACAAACGCUCGACCGCAUGACUCAAUCAGACUUCGAUAUCCAUGAUGGAUUGGAUUUUUCACAGCAUGAAGAUGUUCAAUAUUCAUUUGGAAUAUUUUCUGUGAAGUUCUCCUCUGAUGGUCGAGAACUUGUUGCUGGAAGCAAUGAUGAUUCAAUAUAUGUCUAUGACCUUCAUGCAAACAAAUUGACACUGCGUUUGCCUGCUCACACAUCUGAUGUCAACACAGUAGCAUUUGCUGAUGAAACUGGUCAUCUCAUUUAUUCUGGAAGUGACGACAAUUUAUGCAAGGUCUGGGACAGACGUUGUUUGUCCACAGGAGAAGCUGCCGGAGUUCUGACUGGACAUUUGCAUGGGGUAACGCAUAUUGAUAGUCGUGGAGAUGGCCGAAGUUUCAUAUCCAAUGGAAAGGACCAAGCAAUUAAAUUGUGGGACAUCAGGAAAAUGAAGUCCAAUGCUGAUAGUUAUGCAGACGGAGCCCCAACUUGGGACUACAGAUAUUCAAGGUAUCCACAUCAGCUAAAACAACUAAAGCAUCCCCAUGAUCAGUCAUUAGCUACAUACCGGGGUCAUUCAGUCCUCCGCACAUUGAUCCGUUGCUACUUUUCUCCUGCUUAUAGCACAGGGCAAAAGUACAUAUAUACAGGAUCAUAUGAUUCCAGCGUUUACAUCUAUGAUGUGGUAAGCGGAUCGCAAGUUGCAAAACUGAAAGGACAUCAGCUGGCGAUACGAGACUGCAGCUGGCACCCAUUUGACCCCACGCUUGUGAGCUCGUCCUGGGACGGUCGGGUUCUUAAAUGGACCAGUACUCGUGAGCAAGAGACCUCCGAUGUCGAUUGAGUGGAGUGUGCAGAAAUCGUCGUGAUCUGCAAACAACAAACGCAGUCUUUGGUGGAAAAACUAAGCGCAGGUCGUCAAAACAACAGAAAGAUCCUAUGUUGUAAAUUGUAAAUACUAAACAGAAACCAGGCUGGGUGCAUCAGCGCCAUUGUGCAUAUGAAAUUGUUUCAUACUAUACUUAAAAACUUUUUUUAAAAGGAACAAGCAGAAGAUCUGCUUAUUAUAAA